CACCCACAGCACCCUGGCAGGUACUGCUGUAGGGACAGACCGCCAUCCGGGCGUGGGAGACCAGCAAUGAAAAAGCAAACACAUAAGCAAACAAUGCAGGUCUGGACAGAGGGGCCAGGAGAGGCCGCCAAGGGCGAGACAAGCACGCCGCACGCUGAAAAUGAGAGCGAGUCUCGGAGGAAGCAAGAGAGGGCAUCGCGGCUGCAGGAGGCACCAGGGAAGGGCUGGGCGUGUCUGAGGCCAGAAGGCAGUGCCCACGCUGCUGAGUCCCGGAGCAUGGCAAGUGCCCCGCACCCCGGGAGCCCGGGGUGGGCAGGACUCAUGGCCCCGAGCGUGGCAGGGGCCAGGCAGGAAGUGCCCGCCGCCGGCCCUGGUCUCCCGCCUCCAGAACCUGAAGGGGACUCGGACGGGGCCGGCAGCCCGAGCGCCCACUCCGGCAUGACCACUCGGGAGCUGCAGGAGUACUGGCAGGGCGAGAAGGGCAGCUGGAAGCCCGUGAAGCUGCUCUUCGAGAUCGCCUCGGCCCGCAUCGAGGAGGAGAAGCUGUCCAGGUUUGUGGUAAGCACCGGGGCCGGGGCUGCGGGCCUCGGCUUCCCCAGCCUGGAAGGGCUCACACACACUCACCCGCAGUUCUGCUGGGGGAGAUGCUGGGGAACAGGGCCAACGAGCAAGAUGGCGCGCUGGGCACUGUGCCAGCUGCGUGAGGCCCGGAGGCCUGUGAGCCACGGCCCCCGAUCCCCACGAGGAACGAGCCCUUUGUCCCACGUGACCUGGGGUUGGGCGUCUGGGUCCCCGCGCCGUGUUGCCACAUCCCUGUAUCAGCUGCGCAAGCCCGGCCCGCGGGGCCUCACCCUCAAGGAGCUGGCCGUCCGCGAGUAUCUGAGCUGAGCCGAGCUGCAGACCUGGGAUCGCCAUGGCCCUGCGGGCUGCUGGGGGGCCUCUUGGAUGGAAUAGCCACGUGGGGCCACUUGUCGUCCUCCACUUCCCCAGCUGUGUCCUGCUGAGCCCCCUCCCCCCCUUCGGAGUUCUUGGAAGCCUCUGCUGUGUCCUGUGUCCUGUGUCCCUUAGAUGCCAGGCUCACUUGAUCUCCAAACCACAAACGCAGCCCCGGCGGCGUGGCUCAGUGAUGGAGCGUCAAUCUGUGAACCCGGGAGGUUAGGGUUCGAUUCCCAAUCAGGGCACUUGCCCAGGUUGCAGGCUCGAUCCCCAGUAG